AAGCAUUUGGUCGAUAUUGAUUUGAAGUUAAAUCUAGUUGAGAGACGGUUGGCUUUUUGUAUUGCUGACAGAGGAAAAAAUGCAAAAGAACAACAUGUCGUGGACUACACAAUUUAUUGUCUGUGUUAUUUUAGCCCUUCAUGGGUUUGCUGAGAGUGAAGCGGAUUCAAUUACCACGACAUCACCGAUUGCGAAUAAUGCAACAACUCCAAACCAUAGCACUCCAAACAACUAUACGGCAUCACCAAUUUCCAAUAAUGCGACCACAGCAAACCAAAACACUCCAAUAAACUCAACGGUAUCAUCAAUUCGGAAUAAUGCGACGACAGCAACUCAAAGCAAUCCAAACAACUCAACGGUAUCGUCGAUUUCGAGUAAUGCGACCACAGCAACGCAUAGCACUCCAAACAACUCAACGGUAUCAUCGAUUUGGAAUAAUUCGACCACAACAACCCAAAGCACUCAAAACAACUCAACGGUAUCAUCGAUUUGGAAUAAUGCGACCACAGCAACACAAAGCACUCAAAACAACUCAACGGUAUCAUCGAUUUCGAAUAAUGUGACUUUAACAACCCAAAGCACUCAAAACAACUCAACGGUAUUAUCGAUUUCGAAUAAUGCGACCACAGCAACCGAAAGCACUCAAAACAACUCAACGGUGUCAUCGAUUUCGAAUAAUGCGACCACAACAGCCCAAAGCACUCCAAACAACUCAACGGUAUCGUCGAUUUGGAAUAAUGCGACCACUGCAACCAAAAUCACCCCAAACAGCUCAACGGUAUCGUCGAUUUCGAGCAAUGCGACCACACCAACGCAUAGCACACCAAACAACCCAACGGUAUCAUUGACUUCGAAUAAUGCGACCACAGCAACCAAAAACACCCCAAACAACUCAACAAUACCGUCUAUUUCAAGUAAUGCGACCACAGCAACACACAUCAUUCCAAAUAACUCAACAAUAUCAUCGAAUAGGAAUAAUGCGACCACAGCAACCCAAAGCACUCAAAACAACUCAACGGUAUCAUCGAUUUCGAAUAAUGCGACAACUGCAACUCCAAACACCCUUAACAACUCAACGGUAUCGUCGAUUUCGAGUAAUGCGACCACAGCAACGCAUAGCACUCCAAACAACUCAACGGUAUCAUCGAUUUCGAAUAAUGCGACCACAGCAACCCAAAACACACCAAACAAAUCAACGGUAUCGUCCAUUGCGAGUAAUGCGACCACAGCAACCAAAAUCACUCCAAACAACUCAACGGUAUCAUCGAUUUCGAAUUAUGCGACAACAGCUAUCCAAAUCAUUCCAAACAACUCAUCGGUAUCAUCGAUUGCGAAUAAUGCGACCACAACAACCGCUAGCACUGAAAACAACGCAACGGUACCAUCGAUUAUGAAUAAUACGACAACGCCAACACCUUCUAUGAACAAGUCGUCAUCGCCUACGGAAUCCACGACAUUGACAACCACUUCUAUCUUAAUGCCGAUCACGACUGACCCAUUUGUGUCGUCUUUUAACAUAAGCAGCCAUUUGAUGUAUAUCGCAGCAAAUCUCUCUGUCAGUGGCAAUGGUUUGACGUUCAAUGAGACAACCCGUAAAAGACUUUUCCAAGACUUCGCUAACGCGAUGAGUAGACUUCUGCAAAAUACAACUGGUUUCAUGAUGAUUCGUGUAACUGGGGUGGAUGAGUCAAAUUUGUUCAGACAAUACAGAGGAAAACGAGAAAUAUCGAAUACGAUAAUAAUCUAUUUUGAAUUGGUUUUGUUGGGUGGAUCAAACUUAACUUCAGUCGAUGAGACUCUGCCUACUAAUGGCACGUUUAACUUCUCUGGUAUUCCUGUGACUGUGAAGGGUUGGGGUGAUCUGAAGAAGGCAAUAGAUGCAACUGAAAAGAAACUAUACGGAGACGUUUGUUCCGUCUAUUCGAGCGUAGACAAGUGCAAAAUGGGCAGCUUUAAGUGUAAUCUCUCACAAGCUUUGAUUACAUGCACCCAUUUAUGUCACAAUUACAAUAAAUGUGGUGAAAAUGGACGAUGCUUUUACAACGAUAUUCAGAAAGAAACCAUGUGCAGAUGCGAUGGUGACGGUGAACAUUAUUACGUUGGAUCAGAGUGUAGAGUCGAUGCGUACAAGUUUGCUCUGCCACCAAGAGCAAUCAUUGGAAUCAGUGCGGGACUGGGCGCGGCUCUACUGCUCGUGAUAGUCGUGCUCGGGGUGAUGAUGAUCCGCAAUAGAAAGGCCAGCAGAAAAGAAGAAAGAUCUGGCGUCGAUCGUGAGGGUGAGUCACCUCGGGAACUCAAGCAUUACGAUGACCUUUGGCCACACAGGCAGUUGGCAACAAACGCGAAUAGCUUUGAUGAGAGACCAUAUAUAAUGACGCAAGACAAUUUCGGAAGUCCGAUAUACAUGUACCGUCCUGAUGACAGAAGUGAACAUCACUAUUCGGAGCUCAAACCUGGAUCCUCUUUAUCCAACCUUAAUUUUCCUGAAUCAAAGUUCGAGAUCAUUCGACCAAAGAUCAUCCUCGGUCGUUAAAAGGAUGACAAGAACUAUUUGCUAUGAAAUCAAGAGUGCGUAUUUCGUGGAAAUAUGCUAUGCUAUCAUACUUUUACCGAUCUCUUUUUCAAUUUGACAUACUAAUUUAUUUAAUUCUAAAUCAGUGUUAAUUUGUUAUUAUCGUCUGUUAAGGAAAACGAUCAUUUACACGUUUAAUGUAAGCGACUUUGUUUGCAUAAAUUGAAUUUGAUUUGUUGUUGAGUUUUUAAUACGCUCAGAUAACACAAUUAUAUUGUUUUGAUAGCUUCAACUUCAAGUGCUAUAUGUUUGUUGUUUUUAUUGAGCAGUUUUUCUACAGCUUAUGUUAUACACAUUAAUUACGAGAUGUGUGCAUGUUUCAUUAAAUAUUUCUUUAGAAGUUGAUUUGCUGCCAACCAAAGUUUUACAGACAUAAACUCGAAACUUUCGACAACUUAAAUAAACAAUCAGCUUUAAAUUACAUUGAACCGAAGGCGAUUGGGUUGUUUCUCGAACUUAUUUUACUUAAUAUCCAUGUAAAAUACAAUGAUUUAAUAGCAGAGCAUAAUGUGGUGUACGACAUCAAGUAUGAAAUCUUCAGGAGUAAAGACACAUCUUCACAUUGGACCAAUGAAAUCACUCGUAAGACGUAAUCAUUAUUGUAAAAGAAAUACGUGAAUUGUGCAUAUACUUUAAGUUCGAAAUCAUUCGACCAAAGAUCAUUCUCGGUCGUUAAAAGGAUGACAAGAACUAUUUGCUAAAACUAUGAAAUCAAGAGUGCGUUUUUCGUGGAAAAAUGUGCUAUGCUAUCAUACUUUUACCAAUCUCUUAUUUUAAUUGACACACUUCUCUAUUUCAUUCUAAAUCAGUGUUAAUUUGUUAUUGUCGUCUGUUAAGGAAAAUGAUCAUUUACACGUUUAAUGUAAGCGACUUUGUUGGCAUAAAUUGAAUUUGAUU